AUGAUUCCGGCAGAUAUUAAAAAUCUUAAAGUGGCCGAAUUACGGGCCAAACUAAAGGAACGCGGGCUUGAUACUAAAGGAUUGAAGGCCGAGCUUGUGGCGCGUCUGACAUCAGCUGUUGAGGUUGAAUUGCAAGCUUCAGAUUCGGACAUUCAAAGGGGUGGUGGGCUUUCAGAUGAAGGUAACUCUCAUAAUAAAGAAAUAACACAAGAGGAUCAGGCUGUCGAUCCAGCCAUUAAAACUCUGUUGUCGAAAGCAGACUGUCGAGUUGUGGUAGAGAGAAUCUCACCAACUACAGUCUAUCAUGUUGAAAACUCUGUGUCUCCUCCGAGCUCCACUUCAUCCUAUGAAUUCAUUCCCAGUCACACAGAUCGUGGCACACAGACUGAAAUUGAAUUCGUAGUUGAUUCCAGCACAGUGACAAGAUGCUGUAAUUGUGCUCGAGAGUCUGAUACUAACAUAUCGGAUACAUGCUUGAUGGGAGACUCGAAAUCAAGUUCUAAGUCCUCAGUUCAAGAGAACGUGGUAACUGAACCUCCAAGUUGUCAUGUGAAUGUCCCUGAAAAAUGUCCUCAGCAGGCAGUUGAUCGUGGAACCCUUACUGGAGAAUUCCCAGAAUGCACGGAGAGCACCUCAGAUAGGAGUAUUUCCGCCGCUUCGAACGUGUCUACAGGGUCAGAGGUUCUGGAGACAGAGAUGGAACAAGAAAACCAAGGAGUGAAAAGUCCUCAGACAGGCCGAGGCAGAGACUACUAUGAGUUUAAAGAGGAGAUUCAUUAUAAAAGAGCCAAGACUCAAGAGUCUGAAACAGUACUUGAGGAUGAGAUUGAUCAUGCACUGGUUAGAUUGGACUCUUAUAACAGUGACCUGCAUUUUGAGAUGGGAACAGACGGUUGCAGCGGUCAGCCCCUUCUCUGGGAGAAGUUUCCUCUCUUGUGGUCUGGGUGUAGGCUGACUCAUGGUGUUCAGCAGGGGAAAGUUGGCUUUGAGGUUAAGUUUGAGAAGAAACUUUCAGCUCCUGAAAUGGAUAUUGGAUGUGACCCUGAUCCUCAGGUGCUUAGAGUGGGCUGGUCAGUGGAUAACUCCAGUUUGCAGCUGGGUAAAGUGGAGUUGUCAUAUGGUUUUGAUUCAAGAGGCAAAAAGAUCACAGGAGGGCGGGAGGAGAAUUUUGGUCAAGCUUUCUCGGAGGGUGAUGUCAUUGGCUGCUAUGCUAGCCUUUCUGAAGGCAGUGAGGUGGAGCUGUCCUUCUAUAAAAACGGUUUUGGUCUUGGAGUGGCGUUUCGCCUGAGUUCCUCAACACUGGGUGGCCGUGCCCUUUACCCACAUGUACUCUGCAAAAACUGCUCUAUUAGUGUAAACCUGAGCUCAACAGGGGAACCUUGGUACCCUGGACCACCUGGUUACUGCCCUUUAGCUGCACUCCCACCUGAGCAGAGGACCCGUGCCCCCCCUCCCCCAACCCUGAAGAGUGAGUGUGAGGUACUAAUGAUGGUUGGCAUGCCUGGUGCUGGUAAAACACAUUGGGCCCAAGCUCAUAUGACACAGAACCCAGAGAAACGCUACAACCUUCUGAGCACCGAGUCUGUUCUGAACUGCAUGGGGAAAGAAGCAGGUCCAGAGCAUGGGGAAGUAUGGCUGCAGCAGGCUACUCAGUGUGUCAGUCAGCUGAUUAGAGUGGCGGCCAGGAAAAAACGCAACUACAUUCUAGACCAGGUAAACAUCUACCCGUCCUCACAAAGGCACAAGAUGCUGAGUUUCCAUGGUUACCAGCGAAGGGCAGUAGUCGUUUUCCCAUCAGAUGAAGAAUGGAGGAGACGACUGGAACAGCGUCAUAAGAACGAGGGGGUGCGGGUGCCUGAAAUGUCCCUACUGAAGGUCAAAGUGGCUUUUACACUGCCAGAAAAAGGAGAUCUCCUUGAGGAGGUGUUGUUUGUAGAGCUCUCUCGCGAUAAGGUGCAAAAGCUCCUUACUGACUAUAAAGAGGAAGCCCGUCGCCUCCUCCCCCCUCCCCCAAAACGCAAGAAUCCACAAAUCCGACACCACAAACACUCCAAACGGGGACACAUCACCCUGGGUGAUUAUGGAUGGAAUCAAGGAUAUUUCAACCAACAGCCAUACCUUCAGCCCCAGUCCUAUGGAUACAACAGUGAUCCACAGAGAUAUAGAGAAUAUUACAGGCCAUACACUGGGCAGUGGAAUUCAUGCUACCAAGACACAGGUUACUACGGUGACCCAAGCUACAACUACACCUGUCAACAAGGUUUUUGGUAAAGGGUCAGAGGUAAAUGUCUUUUAAGCCCAUUUCCUCAGAUAGCUG